UAAUAAAAAUGCUGGCCGAAAAUAAUGAAAAUAUGAAAAGUAUAACCGCAAAAUGUAGCUACGAUGAAGCUUUAAAUUCAACUGGUUUUGGAAGAUACAACUACUGGAUGUUGUGCUCAUGCAAUCUACUCAUCCUGGCGAUGUACCUGGACAUCUUUGGUUUCUCCGUGGCGCUGCCAGCGGCCGCCUGCGACAUGCGGCUCACAAUCACGCAGCAAGGAUUACUGUCAGCAGUGCCUCUGAUUGGAGUCAUGUUGUCUUCAUACGCAUGGGGUCUGUGCGCCGACACCCUCGGCAGACGUCGGACCCUCCUCAUAGCAAUGCCGAUAGGCGCUGUCAUGAACCUUAUUGCCAGUGUGGCGCCAACUUACGCCUCUUUGGCAGUACUCAAGUUUCUGUCAGCAGGCUUCACUUCGUCAGCUAACGCUGCUGCGUUUGUGCUGCUGGGGGAAACAACGCCUACGCGACAUCGCAGCCGCUUUCUCUUCCUCAUGGCCAGUGCGACCAUGUACGUCCAGCUCGUCAUAUGCUUAGUAGCAAUACCAGUUUUCAAGCUCUCGUUUGACGUAUACGUCCCAUUGCUGAGCCUGAACUACCGACCUUGGCGACUGCUGAUGCUGAUCAUCAGUCUGCCCGGUAUCCUCGGCGUGAUUGGUAUGGUCUUCUUACACGAAAGUCCCAAGUUCCUGCUCAGUUCAGGCAAAGAGGAUGACGCUGUUAAUGGACUGAAGAAAAUGUAUUCCUAUAACACGAUUGGAAAGAACGAUUACUAUGUUACACAAAUAUUUCUAGAAGAGGCGACAGUCAACAUUGCUUCUGACGUAUCGUUCGUGCGUAAAAUGUGGAAUCAAACAGCGCCUCUAUUCAAACCUCCGCUGUUGAAGAAUUCUUUGAAACUCUACUAUUUGCUAUUGAGUGCUUAUAUGACGUCAACAGGAUACACUAUGUGGGUUCCUACAAUGACUAAUGCAUACUUCAACGGUGAGGACAACUCUGGCAAAACGUUCUGUGAUGUCGCCAGCACUUCCACUUCUAACGUUACGGUGUCAACAAACUGCAACAGUGCCGUUCAGCCACUAACCUUGUACGCAGUGGCUUGUUACUCUGCUGUAUCAGGCAGCCUCAAUAUUAUACUUUCAUUCGUAGUUGGCAGCGUUGGAAAAAAGAAAAUAACAAUACUCAUAUUCAUUGUAUCUGUACUCAGCGGUUUGGCGCUCAUUUUCGUGACACUUCCGCUACUUAGUAUUGCCCUAUUUUAUUUUUUCAAUUAUGUUUCCUUAAUUUUGGGUACAGUCAAUACUUACUUGGUGGAAUUGAAUCCCACUUACUUACGGGGAAUGGCUACGUGUUUGUCUGUAGUAGUAGCAAGAGGAUUCGGCUUUAUAAGUGUACAAUUAAUUGCAUCGCUACUUUCCGAUCACUGUACGCCCAUGAUAAGUGGAUAUGUCGUUUUAGUUAUGUCUGGAUUAGCAGUAACUUUCUCGCUUCCAGCAGAUGCAACAAAUAAAGUGGACCCUGCUAAUCAUGUAACGAAAUCGAACGACACUACAAAAACACGGUGCUAAUUUUCUAAAAGUAUCUAAAGACGAUUUUGUUUCAAUUUCAAUUACU